UUCACAUUUGGGAUAUGGCAAGGCAAUAUCAGAGAGCUGAAUGACAUGGCUUCUCACCCAAAGGAGGAACACUGCUACUUGCUCCACAGUUUUGCAGAGUUUGAAGCUUUAGCGCGCAGAGCUCUCCAUGAAGAUUUGCCUUCUGGAAGUUACAUUCAGGAAGAUAUAGCAUAUUGCUCCUAUCUUUGUGAGGGGACUGAAAAUUGUUGUGAUACCAUGGCAAGCUGCAAGUGUGGUACUCACACAGGACACUUUGAGUGUAUCUGUGAAAAGGGAUACUAUGGCAAAGGACUACAGCAUGAAUGUACAGUCUGCCCAUCUGGAACUUACAAGCCUGAAGGAUCACCAGGUGGAAUAAGCACCUGCACCUCAUGUCCUGAUGAGAAUCACACUUCUCCACCAGGAAGUACUUCUAUUGAGGACUGUAUAUGCAAGGAAGGGUAUCGUCCUAGAGGUAAAGCGUGUGAAGUGGUCCACUGCCCUGAGCUGCAGCCUCCAGAAAAUGGUUAUUUUAUCCAGAAUGUCUGCAACAAUUACUUCAAUGCCGCUUGUGGAAUCCGAUGUAAAACAGGAUUUGAUCUAGUUGGAAGUAGCAUACGACUUUGCCAGCCAAAUGGUGCCUGGUCUGGUUCAGAGACAACUUGCAGAGUUCGCACAUGCCUCAAACUCUCAACCCCUCAAAACGGCCAUAUUAAUUGCUCAUUAAGUGAGAUCUCUUAUAAGACGGUGUGCUUAUUCACUUGCAACGAAGGCUACGAAUUGGAAGGCCACACCAAACUUACCUGUCAAGGCAACUCUCAGUGGGAUGGGAAGGAACCAAAAUGUGUUGAGUUACAUUGUCCGGCCUUCCUAAAACCAAAAGGUGUUAUUGUUCACCCUUAUAUUUGUGGGCUUGAACAAUCAAAAUAUGGAACUGUGUGCAGUCUCAGUUGUCCAAAUGGAUUCCUUUUGUCUGGUGUAACAGAAGAACUGAGGUGUUUACACACUGGAAAAUGGAGUGAAAAUCUGCAGAUAGCUUUUUGUAAAGACAUUGAACCUCCACAAAUUAGCUGUCCAAAUGAUAUUGAAGCAUCAACUCUGGAAAACCAGAAUUCAGCAAAUAUUAGCUGGCAGAUUCCAGAUGCAGCCGAUAAUUCUAGAGAUGAGGUGUUAGUUCAUGUUACUCCAGCCUUUAUACCACCCCAUCUUUUCCCAAUUGGAGAAGUUGACAUUACAUAUACAGCAACUGACAGAGCUGGCAAUGAGGCAAGCUGCUCUUUCAAGAUCAAAGUGAUUGACAUUGAACCCCCAGUAAUUGAUGAAUGCAGAUCUCCACUACCAAUUCAAAUCACUGAGAAGGAGCACAGAGUAACGUGGGAUGAGCCACAGUUUUCAGACAAUUCAGGAUCUGCCUUAAUAAUAACUAAAACUCAUUCACCUGGAGAUCUCUUUCCCAAAGGAGAAACACUGGUUCGGUAUACAGCCACUGACUUGGCUGGAAAUAACAGGACCUGUGAGAUUAACAUUGUCAUAAGAGGUUCUCCUUGUGAAAUCCCCUUUACUCCUCUGAAUGGUGACUUUAAAUGCACUGAAAAUGAGUCAGGAGUUAAUUGCACAUUAUUUUGCAUGGAGGGAUAUGAUUUCACAACAAGCUCCAAUGAAAAUUACUACUGUGCCUAUGCAGAUGGUAUCUGGAAUCCUCCUUAUUCUAAUCAAUGGCCUGACUGUUCAUUGAAUCGUUUGGCAAAUCAUGGUUUUAAAUCCUUUGAAAUGUUGUAUAAAGCAACACGAUGUGAUGACAAUAAUCUGCUUAAAAAUUUUGUGGAAGUUUUUCAAAGUGCACUUGGUAAAAUGGUUCCCUCGUUUUGCAAUGACGUUGAUGACAUUGACUGCAGGUUUGAAGAUCUGCCACAGAAACACUGCUUAGAAUAUAACUACGACUAUGAAAAUGGCUUUGCAAUUGGUCCCGGUGGCUGGGGUGCCAUAAAUCGGCUGGAUUACUCUUACGAUGAUUUUGUUGAAGUAGAUUCCGAAGAGCAGCAACCUAAAUUACCAUCCGAUUCUAUGGAUGUGGCAAACUCCCGGGUCAAAAGGCACAAAAAAAUGAACAUGCCUAUGUCGGAUCACAAAAUAAAGUUAAUUUUUAAUAUCACUGCUACUAUACCACUGCCUGACAAACGCAAUGAUUCUCUGGAAGCAGAAAACCAGCAGCGCCUUCUAAAAGCACUAGAGAGGAUCACAAACAGAUUGAAAAGAACCCUCAACAAGCAUCCCAUGUAUUCUUUUCAGUUGUCUUCCGAGUUGCUUAUAGCUGACAUCAAUUCUCUAGAAGCUGAGAAGGCUUUUCUCUUCUGCAAACCAGGCUCUGUUCUUCGGGGGCGAAUGUGUGUUAACUGUCCUUUGGGUACGUACUAUUCUCUGGAACAUCAUGCAUGUGAAAGUUGCUGGAUUGGAUCAUAUCAAGAUGAGGAAGGGCAGCUAGAAUGUAAAAAUUGUCCAUCUAACACCUACACUGAAUAUCUCCAUUCCAGAAGUGUGUCAGAAUGCAAAGCUCAGUGCAAGCCAGGAACCUCUUCUCCAAACGGCCUUGAGAUCUGUGAAUCAUGUCUCCUUGGCAAAUAUCAGCCUAACACUGGAUCUAAGCAUUGCAUUUCUUGUCCAGAAAAUAUGUCAACAGUCAAAAGAGGAGCUGUGGAUAUAUCAGCAUGUGGAGUUCCUUGCCCAGCUGGAGAAUUCUCACGUUCUGGUUUAAUGCCAUGCCAUCCUUGUCCCAGGGACUAUUACCAACCUGAUCCAGGAAAGUCCUAUUGCUUAUCUUGUCCAUUUUAUGGAACAACAACGAUCAUUGGAGCCAGAUCUAUAGCAGACUGCUCAAGUUUUGGCUCUACUUUUUCUGCAGCGGAGGAGAGUGUGGUGCUUCCAGUUGUCCCAGAAAAUAUCAGCAAGGACCCCAAAGUCAGCAGCCAGACAUUCCACGAAUGUUUCCUGCAACCAUGCCAUAACAGUGGAACCUGUAAACAGGUUGGAAGUGGUUACAUUUGCAUAUGCCCACCAGGAUAUGCAGGAUUAAAAUGUGAAAAAGAGAUUGAUGAAUGCAAGUCAUCUCCCUGUCUCAACAAAGGGAUUUGCAAGGAUGGCGCUGCAGCAUUCAUUUGCCAGUGUCAGCCAGGCUACUCAGGCUUACUAUGUGAAGAAGAUGUAAAUGAAUGCAAUUCAAAUCCUUGUCUGAAUAAAGCAGUCUGUGUUGAUGAUAUUAACUCUUUCCACUGCUUGUGUCCAGAAGGCUUCACAGGUACUCACUGUGAAACAGAGGUAAAUGAAUGUCUUUCAAAUCCCUGCUUCAACAAAGCUACCUGUGAAGAUCGGGUUGCAGGUUUCCAUUGCAAAUGCUUGCCUGGAUUUACUGGUACUCUAUGCGAAAAAAACAUUAAUGAAUGUCUCAGUAGACCUUGUAAAAAUGGAGCCGCUUGCAAAGACGGAAUAAAUGGUUAUAGGUGUCACUGUGUUACAGGAUAUACAGGGCCCCAAUGUGAAGUGAACAUCAAUGAAUGUGAAUCCAAUCCCUGUGAAAAUCAAGGAACCUGUAUGGAUGCCUUGAACUCAUACGUUUGUAAAUGUCCUCCUGGCUUUACAGGCAGCAGGUGUGAAACAGAGCAGUCUUCUGGAUUUAACCUGGAUUUCGAGGUUUCUGGAAUCUAUGGCUAUGUUUUGCUUGAUGGUAUCCUCCCCUCACUCAGUGAGAUCACAUGUGCAUUUUGGAUGAAAUCCUCCGAUACUACAAAUUAUGGGACUCCAAUUUCUUAUGCAGUGGAAAAUGGAAGUGACAAUGCAUUCUUGAUUACAGAUUACAAUGGAUGGGUUCUGUAUGUUAAUGGAAAGGAAAGCAUUACAGAUUGCCCUUCUGUGAACGAUGGCAAUUGGCAUCAUAUCACUGUGACUUGGGCAAGUGGAGAUGGAGCCUGGGGAGUGUACAUCGAUGGAAAAUUGUCUGAUGGAGGCAAUGGCUUAUCUGUGGGAACAGAAAUCCCUGGUGGAGGUGCAUUAGUACUCGGACAGGAGCAAGAUCAAAGAGGAGAAGGCUUUAAUCCAGCUGAGUCUUUUGUUGGCUCAAUUAGCCAGCUAAACAUUUGGGGUUACGCUCUGCCUCCUGAACGGGUGAAGUCCUUGGCUACAUCUUGUCCAGAGGAUCUCCAGAAAGGCAACGUAUUAGCUUGGCCAGAUUUUCUUCCUGGGGUUGUUGGAAGAGUGAAGAUAGAUCCCAGGAGCAUAUUCUGUGCUGAUUGCCAACCUUUAGAAGGAUCCAUUCCCCACCUGAAAACUUCAUCAGCUACUUUAAAGCCAGGAUCAAAAAUAUCUCUCUACUGUGACCCAGGUUUCCACAUAGUGGGAAAUUCUGUCUUACAUUGUCUAAAUUUAGGACAGUGGGCACAACCUCUUCCACAUUGUGAAAGAAUUAGUUGUGGAGAACCUCCACCUUUAGAACAUGGAUUUUACUCAGCUGAGGAUUUCUUUGCUGGAAGCUCUGUAACCUACCAGUGCAACAGUGGUUACUACUUGUUGGGAGACUCAAGGAUGCUGUGUACAGACAAUGGAAGCUGGAAUAUUAUUUCACCAUCUUGCCUUGACGUUGAUGAAUGUGCUGUUGGUUCAGACUGUGACUCCCAUGCUUCUUGCCUUAACACAAAUGGAUCCUACAUAUGUACCUGCAUUCACCCAUAUACAGGAGACGGCAAGAAAUGUGCAGAACCCGUUAAAUGCAAACACCCAGGAGAUCCUGAACAUGGUCGCUCGCAUGGGGUCAGCUACACUGUUGGUAGCGAAAUCAGGUUUUCAUGUGAAAAGGGCUACCAGCUAAAAGGAGUGAGUCAAGUUACAUGUUUGGAAUCUGGGGAAUGGAGCCACCCGAUACCAUUCUGUGAAGCUAUUUCCUGUGGUAUUCCACCCCACCCUAAAAACGGUGCAAUUGAUGGCUCCAGAUUUACAUUUGGUAGUAAAGUAAUGUUCAGAUGUGAAGAAGGAUACGUUUUAAUGGGUGAAGCAGAAGCAACAUGUCUAGCAAAUGGCAGAUGGAACCAUUCUUCCCCGUUUUGUGAAUUAGUACAAUGUCCCCUCCCAAAAGAAAUAAAGAAUGGAAAAUAUAUCAUGAACGGUGUGAUGUACCUUUCUAAUGUAUCUUACACAUGUGACGUGGGGUACAGUCUACAAGGACCAUCUGUACUUGUAUGUGAAGCUUUAGGUAACUGGAACAGCUCGCCUCCAGAUUGUGAAAUCAUUUCUUGUGGCCUUCCUCCAGUAAUUAAAGAUGCUAUUGUUACUGGAAACAACUUUACCUUUGGAAAUACCGUCACUUAUACGUGUAAGGAAGGCUACACCUUACUUGGCCCUGACACUGUGUCAUGUUUGUCCAAUGGCAAGUGGAACCUCAGUCAACAACAGUGUGUGGCAGUAUCCUGUGAUGAGCCGCCUCCCGUGGAACAUGCUUCUCCAGAGAGUGGGCAUCGAUUAUUUGGCGAUAUAGCGAUCUACUAUUGCUCUGAUGGGUACAGUCUAGCUGGCAAUUCCCAAUUACUUUGUAAUGCCCAGGGCAAAUGGAUACCCCCUUCAGACCAAGAUGUUCCUGAAUGCAUAGCUGACUUCUGCGAGAGACCAGAGUCUGUAUCAUACAGCAUCUUGGAAUCCUCAAACAAGGCCAGAUUUUCAGCUGGGUCGGUUGUGAGCUUCAAGUGUAUGGAAGGUUUCGUUUUAAACACUUCUGCUAAAAUAGAAUGUGUACGAGGGGGUCAGUGGAACCCAUCUCCCUUGGCGAUCCAGUGCAUCCCCGUUCGUUGUGGAGAACCAGCAAGCAUUGCAAAUGGGUAUUCAAUUGGCACCAAUUACAGUUUUGGGGCCAUUGUGGCUUAUAGCUGUAUUAAAGGCUACUAUAUUAAAGGAGAAAAGAAGAGAACGUGUGAAGCAACAGGAACUUGGAGUGGUACUAUGCCCACCUGUCAUCCAGUGUCCUGUGGUGAGCCACUAAAACUUGCAAAUGGAAUGAUUAAGAAUAUGACAGGACGUUCCUUUGGAAGUGAAGUGACAUACCAAUGUAAUGAAGGUUACCAGUUGAUCGGAAGUUCAAGGUUAUUUUGCCAGUCAAAUCGUCAGUGGUACAGUGAAGCACAACCUUCUUGUGUGAUCCUCAAUUGUGGAGAACCACCUACCUUCCAGCACGGAUUCAGCAAGGGGAAAAAAUUUGAAGUGGGAGCCAAAGUCAGUUUUUUCUGUGUUGAAGGCUAUGAAUUGAUUGGAGAUGUUUCUUGGACCUGUCAGAAAUCAGGAAGGUGGAACAAAAAGCAGAGCCCUCAAUGCAUCCCAACUAAGUGUCCAGAGCCACCUUUAACAGAGAAUCAACUUGUCUUGAAGGAGAUGGCUGAUCAAGUAGGGAUAGUGCAGUUGUCGUGCAGAGAAGGUCUUAUUUUGUAUGGUGCUUCCAUCCUGAGAUGUUUGUCAUCCCAACAGUGGAAUGACUCUUUUCCUGUCUGCAAAAUGGUACUCUGUCGUAGACCUCCUUAUAUUCCUUUUGGGGACCCUGUGGUGUCUUCUCUGCAUUUUGGUAGCACAGUGAGCUACACAUGUAUGGAUGGAUUUUUGCUCAAGGGAACAUCUACCAUUAUUUGCCAAGCAGAUGGUACAUGGAGUUCUCCACUUCCAGAAUGCAUUCCUGUGGAAUGCCCACAGCCAGAGGAAAUUCAAAAUGGUAUUGUAGAUGUGCAAGGCCUCACCUAUCUCAGCACGGCACUGUAUAGUUGUAAACCAGGUUUUGAAUUAAUGGGAAACACCACAAUUCUUUGUGGAGAAGACGGAGGUUGGCUUGGAGGAGAGCCUUCUUGCAAACCCAUUGAGUGCUCCAAACCCAGGGAGAUUAAGAAUGGCCGGUAUUCAUACGUUGAUCUACACUACACACACACAGUUACCUAUUCGUGUGACAGAGGAUUCCGGCUUGAGGGACAGAGAGUCCUAACCUGCCUGGAAACAAGGGAGUGGGAUACAAAGGCUCCAUCUUGUAGAGCAAUUAAUUGCGAUCCUCCUCAGCCUAUUGAGAAUGGGUUUGUAGAAGGUGCAGAUUACAGUUAUGGUGCCAUGGUUAUAUACAGCUGUAUUCCAGGAUUCCAGCUUUCUGGUCUUGCUAUGCAGAUCUGUGAGGAAACAGGAUGGUCCAGUGUUAGUCCAGCUUGUCUACCAACAGACUGUGGCCUUCCUCCCCAUAUAGACUUUGGGGGAUAUGUAACCAUCAGCAGUGAAGAAAAACAUUUUGGCCAAGAAGAUGUAUUUGACGGGAGCUUCCUUAAGGAAAGCCAAUCUCAUUUAUCUCGAAAAGAGACACAACAUUCCUCAAAAGCCAUUAAUAGUUUACCACUCUCCGGCUAUUUAUAUGGGACUACAGUGUUGUAUAGUUGCUAUUCGGGCUAUGAACUCUUAGGAAAUUCUGUGCUAGCUUGCCAAGAAGAUGGAAUGUGGAAUGGUAGUGCUCCUGCCUGUAUUUCCAUUCAAUGUGAAUUACCACUGUUCCCAGAAAAUGGCUUCGUACAUUUUACGGAGAACACUGUUGGUAGUACAGUGAAAUAUACUUGUAACCCAGGGUACAAGCUGAUUGGAUCAGAUACAAGACACUGUACGUCUGGAAGGCAGUGGAGUGAUUCAGCACCAACCUGCGAGAUAAUAUCAUGCGCAAUGCCCAGCAGACCCACGAAUGGCAUAGUAAAAGGACAAUCUUACACAUAUGGUAGUGUGGUCCAAUAUGAUUGUGAUCAUGGGUUUCAGCUAAAUGGUUUAGCUAGGAGAACCUGCCAGUCUGAUCAAACAUGGGAUGGGAAUGAGCCACUCUGCGUUCCCAUUUCCUGUGGACAAGUUCCCUAUUUAGAGAACGGUGAAGUGAGUGGAGAAGAAUACACUUUCCAAAACUAUAUUGAAUACAGCUGCAAAGAAGGUUUCCUGUUGAAAGGGGAUCGGAAGAGAGUUUGUCUUGCAGAUGGAUACUGGAGCGGGAGCACUCCAGUGUGUAGGCCAGUCCGGUGUUCUGAACCAGUGAAACUUGUUCACGGCCAGAUAAUUGGAUCAGAAUUCGGCGUUGGAAAGACCAUUACGGUUUUCUGUGAUGAAGGGUAUAUAUUGCGCGGCGCACUCUCUCGUACCUGCCAGGCUAAUGGAACAUGGGAUAAAGAACCUCCAUUCUGUGAACCUGUCAACUGUGGGCCUCCUGAGGACAUCUCUCAUGGGUUCCUAAAUGGUUCUGUCUUUAGUUUUGGGGAAUACAUAGAGUAUGUUUGCUUCCCUGGUUAUGAGUUGCAAGGUAACCCAGUGAGGCAAUGCCAGUCAAAUGGUUUAUGGAGUGGAAGACCCUCUUCUUGCCUGCUUUGUGAGUGCCCUAUACCCACCAUUCAGAAUGGGAUAGUUAUAGGUAAUCAUUUUAGCUGCGGCAAGAAGAUAGAACUUCAAUGUCUAGAAGGUUUCAAACUGCUAGGACCUUCAGAAAUCACAUGUGAAGCUCUUGGCAGAUGGAGUUCUGGCUUUCCACAUUGUAGGCUGAUUUCCUGUGGUCCUCCCCCUGUGAUUCCCUAUGCGUUUAUCAACGGAGGCAGUUUAGUGGAUCAAAAUACCAUAAUUUAUCAUUGUGAGAUGGGCUAUGUGAUGCAAGGAAGCUCGGAAUUGACCUGUACAGAAAAAGGAGUCUGGAGUAGGCCAUACCCAAAUUGCACAUUACUGACCUGUGGACCACCACCUACUGUGCCUCAUGCGAUUGCUUUUGGAGAAUCUCAAGACUAUGGAAGUAAAGUUCAAUACAGAUGUCUGGAGGGUUAUAUGAUAGAGACAGAAGUGGAUAUAUGCACCUGUCAGGAAGAUGGGCAUUGGUUCCCUAACACUAUUUCCUGUUGCCCCAGAAAAUGUCCCAUGCCACCAAAUAUAACCAAUGUUAUUAUUUCUGGUACUGAAUUUUCUGUGAAUAAAAGCAUUACCUUAUCAUGUCCAGAAGGCUAUCUUUUGAUGGGUACCAGCACCUCCACUUGCCAGCAUAAUGGGACCUGGGCACCAUUAUUUUCAAAUGAGACCUGCGCUCCAGUCUCCUGUGGAAAACCUGAAGCUCCGGAAUAUGGGGUUGUGAUUGGCAACCAAUACAAUUACAAAGAUAUUGUCCUUUAUAAAUGUGACUUGGGUUUUGAAUUAGAGGGUAAUGCAGAACGCAUCUGUCAUGGAGAUAAAUUAUGGAGUGGAGUAACACCAGUAUGUAAAAAAACCAGAUGUGAAGAUCCAGAAUUGAUUGAGAAUGGAAACGUCGUCUCUGAAAACAAUAUAGUUGGCAGCAGAACUGCAUAUUACUGCAAUAGGGGUUACAGUUUGGAAGGCGAACCGAUUGCAGAAUGCACAGAAACCGGAGUAUGGAGCCACCCAACACCUUCGUGCAAACCAAAUCCGUGCCCUGUUCCUAUUAUAAUCCCAGAAAAUGCCAUCCUCUCAGAAACAACUUUUUAUGUUGGGCAAGAGGUAUUUAUCAAAUGCAGAGAAGGCUAUCAACUUCAGGGGCAAUCUGUGAUUAGCUGUAACCCUGAUGAGGUCUGGACUCCAACCAGAGCUAAAUGCGAGAGAAUCUCUUGUGGGCCACCUGCUCAUGUUGAACAUGCUUUGGUACGUGGAACAUUUUAUCAAUAUGGAGAUAUGGUGACCUACUCAUGCUACAGUGGAUACAUGCUAGAGGGCUCCCUUCGAAGUGUCUGCUUAGGGAAUGGAACGUGGGCAGGAACACCAUCUUGCAAAGCUGUUUGCCGGUUCCCAUGUCAAAAUGGUGGCGUUUGUGAGAGGCCAAAUGUUUGUUCCUGUCUUGAGGGUUGGAUGGGGCGCCUCUGUGAAGAGCCCAUCUGCAUCUUGCAUUGUCUGAAUGGAGGUCGAUGCGUGGCCCCUUACCAAUGUGAUUGCCCAACUGGAUGGACUGGCUCACGCUGCCAUCAGGCUGUUUGUCACUCUCCAUGCUUAAAUGGUGGGAAAUGUAUACGACCAAACCGAUGCCAUUGUACUUCACCAUGGACUGGACAUGACUGCUCUAGGAAACGGAAAUCUGGAUUCCACCACUUUUAAUUUAAGAGCAAAAAUUAUGAAGACUCUAAUUCCAAUCCAAUGGACUUUGGUACUACAGUCAAAUCAAAUAUAGUGGAUUUUUUUAAAAGCUGUUUUGAAUUUAUUAUUAUUAUAUUUUUCUUAAACAUUUAAUUUUGAAUGGAAACAUCUGUAUGGGUUUUUUUUUCUCUUGCAGAAAGAUACAUGCUAAAAAUGUUGCUGCUGUCAAACACACAAAUGUACAAAUUUUGUUCACUGAAAGAGAAAAACUUACAGUCUUUCAUAUUAUGGGUGCAAAACUCUUGCGUCUAAGUUGUAUUCGAUGACUAAAAAAAGAUGCUUGCGCUGGGCAUGAAACUUAAUUAAAGUCAUAUUUCCUUUCUCCCUCCCACCUCAUGUAAGUGAUGUAACGUAAGUGAAAAUGCAAGUGAAUGCAUUAAUCCAAGAACUAUGAUAUCUCGAGUCUUAAAUCAAACCUUCUUACACUUGUCUCUUCUCUGUUAUUGGACCCACUAUUGAAAGCACUUCAGAAAUAGAGAGAGGAAAAAUAAGACAUAGAAAAGGGGGAAUUCAGUCUCUCCAUCGUGAUCUUUUUAUAUCCAACAUACCUGAUAACCUUUAUAAGUAAAUGAGAUAAAUAAUAAACGAUUGCCCUGUUCGAUCUGGUUUUGGUCUAAGAUACCUCCUGCAAUCCACUUGUCUAUUUCAUUAUAGUAGUUGCAAGAUGGACAAUAUUUAGUUACUGUUGUUUGAUGGAACAAAUUUGAAUCUGGAGCUUCAAGCAUUCCAAAUGGUUUGAAGUUGGUAAAUAAAAAUAUUCUUUUUUCAAAAUAAAUGUGAAUAUAUGAAGGCCACCAACUCCACCAUUCAUGCUAAGAAAAUACUUGGGUAUUUUUCCAUGGCAUGGAAGACUGUUGCUUAACGAGGAGCUCCCAAUAUGGAAUGCUUUCAGAUUUGAUAAGAAUACUAAUAAAUCAGAGACCCAGUCCAUGUUUUCUUCUGUAUAGGCCAGUGAGUGCGUCUCUGUGAAGGAGAAAGAAUGGGCAGAGGAGGAGAUACGUCAGUAGAGACUCAACCGCCUACAAAAAUAUGUUGCUGGCUGCUAAAAUCAAGCCUGUUUACUGGGAAAGUACUUGUUAUUUUAUCAUGGAUAAAUAUUUAAAAUAUACGUGGAUUUGGUGAAUGAUUAGCACUUAGCUCAAAAUAAGUAAAAGUGUAGUUGUCUUUCCCAUGAAAAAAAGUGAAAAUUGGAUUUCAUGUUUUUGAUAUUAUUUGCCAAAUUUCCAUUAAAAUUAAGAAGUAGUUGUUCCUUAUCCUGGAUUUAAAAUAUAAGAUGUUUUUAAAAUAACAUUCCUCAACGUAUUUCUUUAUCAGGAAAAGAAUUGCUGAGUCCCAAUUGAAAAGGCAGCAUGGUAUCUAGAGUAAUAAAAAAGGCUGUGGUUAAAUACUGUAAUAAUUUAUAUCCAGAGACAUCCACCAGAAUAAUUUAGUUGCUGCUAAGGUGAAAAGUAGGAAGGAGAACUAAUGUGUUUGUUCCUUACUGCAUUACUUUACAUAUAUACAUACAUAUAUUACAAUAGAUGCAUCUAUAUUAGUCCUUUUUUUCACAAAUGGAAUCUUAUAUUUUCAAAGCAAUUCUCUUUAAUCUUUCAAUUAUAAUAAUUUUAUUUUGGGCUUCAGAUCAGGUUGAAAGUUACUCUUUCCGUAAGCGAAAACUGAAGGGUGGGCAUAACAUUAAAUGUGUAUAUGGGAAUAGCAGGACUAAUUUUCUGUGGAGGAAAGUUUCCUGAUAGGUUUGAUGAUGACAGUGUCUGAAAUAAUUGAAAAGAGAAUGCCUUUUUCCUCAUUUUUUUCUCCCCUGCAUCAUUUGCUAUAUUGCACUUGCUGGUUUCUUUUUAUUUAGCAUAGAGGUCUCUUGCUGAUAGAGACAAGACACUCCGAAUUAGCAAUCUACCUCCAAGGGUUGCGCCAACAUACAUUUUUCUUCACAACAGCGUGGAGAUGGUGUGCAAUUGCCUUCUGGGGUUUUGUUAGAGAGACUUGAAAUUUUUAAAUGUUCUCCCAUCCAAAUACUAACCAGGCCCAACUUUGCUUGGCUUAAGAACCCACAGUGUAACAACUAGGUGCUACAGUACACAAUGCAAAAAUAAAUAUUAUGAACAUAUUAAAGCAAAGCAUACGUAGCCUUCAGUGAAAGACACAUGCCAGAUACUCUGGGGCUUUGUGGUUUGAAUGAUAUGGGUAGAAACAGUCAUUUGUACAUACUGAGUUUUUGGGAGCCACAAUCCAUGCUUAAAUUGUUCAGAUUGCACGCUUCUAUUAUUUCAAAAAACUACAAACUGAAACAUCUGCAGAUCUUUA